CGAGACAAGAAGAUAGACGCCAUCUAAUUCGAGUCGUCGAGUUUCCGUAGAACCCUAAACCCUAAAACGAAUCUGGAUUUCUUCUGGAUCCUUCUCUUCCUCUGCUAUUUUAAUAUCUCUCUCUACUCUCUACUCUGUCUCUAGUCUCUACCCAUUUCACAUUCCGCCCUUUCUCUUCUGAAUACUCUCCUCCGCCGCCGCCAUGUUUCGUCUAGCAGCCAAUCUCGCCACGAAAUCAAGGAUUGCCAGAAACAAUGCGCAGCAGGUUAGCUCGAGUUUAAGCUGGAGCCGCAACUACGCUGCGAAAGACAUUAGAUUUGGAGUAGAAGCGAGAGCUUUGAUGCUUAGAGGUGUUGAAGAGCUUGCCGAUGCCGUCAAAGUCACAAUGGGUCCUAAGGGACGUAAUGUUGUCAUUGAACAAAGUUAUGGUGCUCCCAAGGUGACAAAGGACGGUGUCACUGUGGCAAAGAGUAUUGAGUUUAAAGACAGGGUGAAAAAUGUGGGUGCUAGCCUUGUCAAGCAGGUUGCUAAUGCCACCAACGAUGCUGCUGGUGAUGGUACUACCUGCGCAACAGUUCUUACACGUGCAAUUUAUUCAGAAGGCUGCAAGUCAGUUGCAGCUGGAAUGAAUGCCAUGGAUCUUAGACGUGGGAUCACCAUGGCUGUUGAUUCAGUUGUCACGAACUUGAAGAGCAGAGCUAGGAUGAUCAGUACAUCUGAAGAAAUAGCACAGGUUGGGACAAUAUCAGCAAAUGGAGAAAGGGAGAUUGGUGAACUUAUUGCCAAGGCUAUGGAGAAAGUUGGCAAAGAAGGUGUCAUCACCAUUUCUGAUGGCAAAACACUUUACAAUGAAUUGGAAGUGGUUGAGGGAAUGAAGUUGGAUAGAGGCUAUAUAUCACCUUACUUCAUCACCAACACAAAGAAUCAAAAAUGUGAAUUAGAUGACCCUUUGAUUUUAAUACAUGAGAAAAAAAUCUCCAGCUUAAACGCCAUAGUCAAAGUUCUAGAAUUGGCUUUGAAGAAUCAAAGAUCACUGCUGAUUGUUGCUGAAGAUAUUGAGAGUGAGGCAUUAGCCACUCUCAUUCUUAACAAACUCCGUGCUGGUAUCAAGGUCUGUGCCAUUAAAGCCCCUGGUUUUGGAGAGAACCGAAAGUCAAACUUGCAGGAUCUUGCAACUCUGACUGGAGGAGAGGUCAUAACCGAUGAACUUGGCAUGAAUCUUGAUAAAAUGGCACCAGAAAUGCUAGGGACUUGCAAAAGGGUUACAAUAUCAAAGGAUGACACAGUUAUUCUUGAUGGGGCUGGCGACAAAAAAGGAAUUGAAGAAAGAUGUGAACAGUUGAGGUCAUCGAUUGAAUUGAGCACUUCUGAUUAUGAUAAGGAGAAACUCCAAGAGAGAUUAGCAAAACUUUCUGGUGGUGUUGCUGUUUUGAAGAUUGGAGGAGCGAGUGAAGCUGAAGUUGGUGAGAAGAAGGAUAGAGUUACUGAUGCUCUAAAUGCUACAAAGGCUGCAGUUGAAGAAGGAAUUGUGCCAGGUGGUGGUGUUGCUCUUCUAUAUGCUUCAAAGGAGCUUGAUAAUCUUGUUACAGCUAAUUUUGAUCAGAAGAUUGGUGUUCAAAUAAUUCAAAAUGCUCUCAAGGCACCGGUGUACACAAUUGCUGCGAAUGCAGGAGUAGAGGGUGCUGUUGUUGUUGGGAAACUAUUGGAGCAAGAUAACCCCGACCUUGGAUAUGAUGCUGCUAAAGGUCAAUAUGUAGACAUGGUUAAGGAAGGAAUCAUUGACCCCCUGAAGGUGAUCAGGACGGCUUUAGUGGAUGCUGCAAGUGUGUCCUCUUUAUUGACUACAACAGAAGCUGUGAUUGUUGAACUUCCAAGGGAUGAGAAGGAGGCUCCGGCUAUGGGCCCAGGCAUGGGGGGCAUGGGUGACUAUUGAAGGAAAACGGGGUAAAAUUUAUAAUAUAUGGUGAAGCAUUUAUCAAACUGUACAAGUAAAUGAAUUCAAUUAGAUCACUGAUUUGAGCGAGGGAGCCAUUAGAGUUGAGUUUUGUUUAUUACGGAUUUGCUGCCAGCUUAGUUAUAAUACAUUUUGUAAUCAUUUUUGAUGAGAAUGCUUCGGAACUGAUCAUCAUUUUUCCUCUAAU